AUGUUGUUAAUAGGUGACGCAGUUAUUUCUGUUUGUGUUUCAGGUGUGUUUGGUGUUGAUGAAGUGAAGUCAGUGUCAGUGAUGGAGGGAGAUUCUGUUACUCUACACACUGAUAUUACUCAAAUACAGACAGAUCAGCAGAUAGUUUGGAUGUUUGGACCUCAAGAGACUCGUAUAGCUGAAAUCAUUAAAAGAGUUAAUUCGAGCUUUAUAGAUGAUAAUGAUGAGAGAUUUAAGGGCACACUUAAGCUGGACAGUCAGACUGGAUCUCUCACAAUCACAAAUAUUACAAUCACACACACUGGACUUUAUAAACUAACUAUCAUCAGUAACAGAGGAACUUCAUACAAGAGAUUUAAUGUUACUGUAUAUGCUCAUCUGCCCGUUCCUGUCAUCAUCAGAGACUCUUCACAAUGUUCUUCAUCAUCGUCAUCAGUCUCAAAAUGUGUGUUGUUGUGUUCAGUGUUGAAUGUGAGAGAUGUGAGUCUGUCCUGGUACAAAGGAAACAGUUUAUUGUCCAGCAUCAGUGUGUCUGUCAACAUCAGAUUCUCUCUAUCUCUGGAGGUUGAAUAUAAAGAUACAAACACAUACAGAUGUGUGGUGAACAAUCCUCUUACAAACCAAACUCAACAUCUCAACAUCAAUGAACUCUAUCAGAUGUGUUCAGGCCAGACCCCCUGUUGCAGUUUAACUGAAACUGUGAGCCGAUUGGUCAUCUCUGCUGUGGUGGGCGUGACUGCUGUGACUCCCGGAGACUGCAAGUGGGAGGAGCUUACGCCGCAAGUGGGAGGAGCUUAUGCCGCAAGUAGGAGGAAUUUCAGAAAUGUGCAAGUAGGAGGAGUUUACGCCGCAAAUGGGACGGCGGUGAAUGAGAAUGGCAGGAAGUAG